AUGGUGGGGAAGGGAAGCAUCGCCGCACCAGCCUGGAAGGCGUUAUUGGCAGCCUCUACCACUUCUAUUGAAAAGUCACUCGAUGACCGAGCGUCGCUUAUCAAGCCUUUGAUAUCCCAGAUCCAAGCCAUUUUGGACGAGAACAGCGGCCAGCCGGCGGGAUCUCAGAAGCUGUAUACUGCGCUGGCAAUUGGCACACUAAAUACAGCCAUAGCCGGACUCGACAGGGACAGUCCCAAUUCUUAUUGGCAGCUGUUGGCCAUAAACGAUGUGAUUGUGGGAAGCGAUCGCCGCCUGGCGCACACCCUUGUGGAGCAUCAGUUUCUUAACUCGCUCUGGCGUCUUCACGACAAGGUCGGCAACAUGUCGCACCGGCUAGCACAGGCCGUGGUGAUGAUUUUUUGUUCCGUCACUCUGUCCGCCGAGGGCGCGGCGGGCAGCAUGGAGACUAUCGCCGCUAAGCCUGAGCUUCUGGAGCUGCUCAUGGCGCAACUCACCUUUCUGGCCGUCGCAACGGACGUGCUGCUAUCACCCACGGGACUGGGGACUGCACAACGUUGCCUCCAGACCUGCUGGGAGCUCACCCGCGCAGCCACCCCCAAAUGCCGGGAAUUUCGGGAGAAGCUGCAGCAGGCGCACAUGGCCGGCCGGGCGCUGCAAAUGGCCGCCGCCGCCACCGUCGGACGCAGCGACGCCGACGGCGGCACUGACGUCAACGCCACGGCAGCAACAGCGGCCAUCAGCCGCGUUGCAGUGCUGGAAUCCCGGGGCGGCGGCGACGGCACAGAUCCAGCCACCACGAGUACCGAUGCUUCCGCAGGCCCCGGCGCCAUGUACGACAAUCUGUACGAGGACCGACUAUCCCUGGCAGCGCAGGCUUGCAGCUUUGCCGCCAACCUUGCAGGACUGGGCACUCGGGGUAUCGAGCUGUCGGCUGUGGGCUUGGCGCCGCAGCGCGCAUGGCUACUGAAGCCCGGCACGCUGUCGGCGCUGCGGGAGCCCCUACAGGGCCUCGUGGAUGGGUUGGCAGAGCUCAGACGGCGCAUGGAGGUGCAGGGCCCGGAAGCGACGGACCGCUCUGACACUGACGACCUGCGGCCCGGGCCCGUGCCUCGGAAAAGGCUGCUGAGCCAGGUGGAGGGUGCCAUACGCAACUUGCUCGUCCUGUUGGGCCUACCCACCAUUGUGAUGGGGAGGGGAGAGGAGGACGUGGUGGAGUCGUGCGGGUUCGUCAUCCGGCAUAGCUUUGGGCUCUUUACGGAGGGCUAUGUGGACACCAUGCGGGCAUUACGGGCCGCAGUGGCCGAGCCCUUCCCGCCGGGGGCGGCCACAGCCCCGGGAGGGGCUCAGAGCUUCACCGCACGCUAUCCAGGCGACUACGGGCAGUUCUUUCGGGCGUUCGCGGGCCAUAUUGAGACGGUGGCUCCCGCGCUGGGGGUGCAGCUUGAGGACUGGGGCGUACGGUUCACGGGCGAGCAGGCGGCACGGGACCUGCCGGGCAUGAAGGUGGGCGAGGGCGUGGACGCGCGCAUCGCUCAGUCGUGGUUGAAGGACCAGAUCCAGCAGAUUAUCAAUUGGGGGCACUCCAUGAUGAUCAUUGUGCGCAUGGCUGAUCAGACGAAGAUGGAGGCAUUUCAGCAGCAACAGCAGCAACAGCAGCAGCAGCAGGGCUCAUCUGGUGGCCUGGACCCAUCGCUGCCGAAGCCGGCGGCACCGCGGCCCUACGGGGCAUCUGCGGCAAGUGGUGUCGUCGCAGGCAAGGCAGGUGCGGGCCCGCCGGCGGCGGCGCCGUGGUGCGCCAGCUGCGGUACUGCACCGCAGUCGGGCGGUACGUCGUUGCUUUGGUGCAGUCGGUGCCGUACAGUACGGUACUGCUCCCGGGCGUGCCAGGUGGGCCAUUGGUCACAGCACAAGGCCACAUGCCAGGCCACGGCGGCGGCGCCAGCAACGGCAGCUGCGGCGCCUGCCGCGGUGGCGGAGGGCUCGACGUCAGAAGUGGCGCAUCAGGAGAUGCAGGGCGCUUGGGGACCGGUAGCGGUAGCGGUAGCGGCUCCUGCUGCUGUAGAGGAACCCGCGGCGACAGCGGCGACGGCGGAGGCGGAUUUGGAGACGGGGACAGCGGAGGCGAGUGAGAUGAGGCUGCCUGGGGCUGCUGUGCAGGGCGCGGGCGAGGACGCGGGCGCUGGAGGUGUCGACGCGCGGUGCACGGCCGCCGCGACGACCGGGGACGAUGUAGGGGAUAUCGCUGCGGCUGGCUCACUACCACUGGAGGAUGCGGAAGCAGCUGUGAGCAAUGCGGAGGGUGAGGGGGACAAGAAGGGGGAGGGGGAUCCGGGGGGUCGCAACGAGGCUCCUGAGGCGCCGUGA